UUCCAACCUCACGUCCAGACUCCUGUCCAGCCUUCGGUACCGUCUCCAUACCACGCCGUCGCCCGUCCUCCCCUCUAGCACCCCGUUCCAUGUGCCCACGGCAUCCCCAUAACACCUCUCCGUUUUGACUGCUCUUCGUGCCUGCCUUUUCGCUCCGCCGCGUCGCCCGAUCGAGCCCGCCACACCCUCAACGCACGCCAUCCGAGCCUGGGCGGUACACGACGCGACAUCUCCCAGCUCUGCACCCCGUCCGCCCGAGGCCCUUCGCAUCAGUGUGCUCACUUGGCUUGGCCUUGUCACGUCUCGACAUCGCCGCCCGCAUCAGCAUCGUCGCCAAUAGCCGAUGUCGUUGAGCAGAUCCGAAAGCGGGAGGACAGCUCAGGAAGGCGCGACCAACGCAGGUCUGCUAUCGGCCGAUCAGGCCGGCGCAUCAGCUAUAGAUAGCGGCGACGCACGCAAGGGCUCGAACGCAUCGUCCAGCCGCCUCACGCCCAGCCGCAAAUCCUCUCGCAACAAACUCUCAAAGGAAAACCCGAAAAGGGACGGUCGCCCGGCUUCCUCAUCUUCACGAAGUAGCGAGGCUGAUCCCGACGGGCGACCACGCCGCAAGCAUUCCAAUCUGCAGCUCCCCACCGGUGCUUCACACACGGAUGAGGAUCUGCCGUCGGCAAAUACUGGUCUAAGCGGCGACACCAUUCAAGGAUCGUCAAACAGCAUCCGCCUCGGCUCCAGGAGCUCUAAGCGUAGUCUGACGGGCAAGCGGAGAGCUGCCAGCAACGCGAGCUCCAGACGACAGCAGCAAAUCAUGUCGGAAAAGCAGCAGCAUGCCGGCACGCCGGAGAGCGGUUCGCCUCGCACGUUGACUAACCCGCAGAAGAAGAAGGGAGGGUUCCUCUCAUUCCUGUGUUGCGGCGCGAAGGUGCCGGAGGAUGAUGAGAGCAUCGCAAACAAGCCCGUGAAAACAAAGCCAGAGCGAACUGAUGUCGCGGCGAAGCCCGAUCCAAGCACUGCUGACUCAAGCACUGCCGAUUCCAAGGAGCCGCUUAGCGAGAAGGUUCCUGAGGGUGCAACGACCGCGGAUGCCAGCGGCGACAAGGCUCCUCCGUCCACUGGCAGCAUUGGACGAGCUCCAUCCAACAGAGAUAAGCCACAACCACCGUUGCCUGGACAAGUAAGUCGUUUAGACACCGCGUCCGCCGCAGACGGUCCGUCUAUCGCCGUGGAGGCUCCGACACCCAUCACACCUGCCGAUGAGCAAUUGAUCCAUGAUCGAACCCCUCGACAGGAAGCGCUGGACACGGAUAUUGAGAUGACAGACGCGGGUGCUACGGUUCCAAUUUCCGUUAACGAGGUGCAAACUACCGAUGAACAAUGUGGGGCGCAGCUGUUGCACAAGGAUGCUUCGCAAGUUAAAAUCGAUCUGCCACCUCCACCCCCUUUGGCAGAACGGCAAGCACAAGUCACCCCUCCGAAAUCUCCAGAGCUCCCUGUUGGCCAACCAGAGACCCAAAAAUGGCUGCUCGGUCCUCCACGACCGGAACACAAGGGCAGAAAGUGCCUGAUCCUUGACUUGGACGAAACUCUCGUUCACAGCAGCUUUAAGAUCUUGCACCAAGCAGACUUUACAAUUCCGGUUGAGAUUGAAGGACAGUAUCACAAUGUUUAUGUCAUCAAAAGACCCGGUGUAGACCAGUUUAUGAAACGGGUUGGCGAGCUUUACGAGGUCGUCGUGUUCACAGCGUCUGUAUCCAAGUACGGCGAUCCGCUCCUCGACCAACUCGAUAUCCACGGUGUUGUUCAUCACCGGCUGUUCAGAGAAAGUUGCUACAAUCACCAAGGCAAUUACGUAAAGGAUCUUUCGCAAGUAGGCCGCGACCUCAAAGACACAAUCAUUAUCGACAACUCGCCCACAUCGUACAUCUUUCACCCGCACCACGCCGUCCCAAUAUCCUCCUGGUUCUCAGACGCCCACGACAACGAGCUGCUCGACCUCAUCCCCGUUCUUGAAGACCUGGCUGGACCUCAGGUCAAUGACGUUAGCCUCGUUCUUGACGUUUCCAUAUAGCGCCCUCCCGUUUGUCUCAGCCCUGCAUACAAUGCUGCAUCACGCAUGAAACGUGUAGUCCGAAACCUAAUUGUCUAAUUAUACCCAUUUACGGCGAUCUACAACAUAUGCGCGGUACUUUGGCGCGCACUUCUUCCCCAGUUCACCCACCGGUCAAUGCGUGAAGCUCUUGUCUCCGCUGUUGGCAACUCAAUGCACAGGCUGCUUCGUAUCCGGCUCCGCGCAAACGACGAGGUUUCCCGGGUGGACAUAGGAUAGCAUGCAGCGAGAACGAGCAGAAGAGGAGAUAUCCCAUCAGAUUCGGACCUAUAUCUGCCAAUCCUUCCAGCGCCACAGCAAGCGGCUUCGAUGUUUUUUUUUUCCUUUGGCUAGCAUCUCCGAGGCGUUUUUUUUUUUGUGGGUGGGAGGGCAUUCGAAAGUGUUAUUUUUCAUUGACUAUCACCAUCAUUGGAUUUCUAUUUGCUCUGUGUGUUAUUUCGCUACUUCUGUUUCAUGGUUGUUUAAAAUCCACUUGCCUGAUGCGACUCCUUGAAAGUUUGGAAAAGGCCAAAGCGCACGCGCACACACACACAGGACGAUUCCGCGCAAGAAAAAUUGAAGCGGAUGCGUCAAGUCUUUCAUAUGUCAUUUGUAAAACGGUUACCAUUCCCUACUGAGCAAGCUCUGUUGUUUCAUUUCGAAUCGCGCGGGCGGGGCUAUAAACACGGAGGCCCC